UCCAAUUUUUCCAUUUUCGUCCGUCCCACAAAAUUUGUCUAAUUUCACUUUUUACAUUUUUGGUUGUGGACCUCAUAUCCCAGUAACUCAUUCGUACUCACAUUUUAUUUAGACUGAAAACAGUUUCAAUUUAUUUAUUCUGAUUAAUGUACUGUUUUGAUUUGCUAUUUUCUUCAAUUUAUGUAUUCUGAAGUGUUGUUAGAAAUUGUCGACUGUAUUUUAAAACUGCGCCUUGAAAGAAACGAAGAUUGAAGGGUUCUUUUUCCAUUCUGACUAGUUAAAAAUAAAAAAACAUUUUCAAGUAUUUCAGAAACUUAAACUUGGGCUCUUUUGGUUUGCUUGACUUGAUAUUGCAAGUUAUGAUAUUAUGUAGUUUUUAUAACUAUGUUUUUGAGCUUAUUAUAGCUAAACUAUUUUUGGCCUAAUAAAAGGUAUUGGACGAGGAAUUGAAGUUCGGUAGCACACGAUCUUCACUUCUUGUAGCCAACAUGUCGAAGGGCGAGGAACUGAAGUUGCAUAUCAAGGUUGUGGUGAACAAGCAGAGAACUAAGGUCCUGUUUGCAGAGGCUGGCAGCGAUUUCACGGACGUUUUGCUAAGCUUUCUACUUCUGCCAUUGGGAACGAUCUUGAAGGUCCUCGAGAAGCAAAAUGUAGACGAGGCGCCUGCUAUUGGAAGCUUGAGCACGCUGUACAGAGGAGUAGUGAAUCUUGACAUUGGCCAUUUCCAGACAGAGGUUGCCAAGCAGAAGCUCCUCGCUCCAGCAAGUUACUACGAUGCUGAGUUGCGUAAACUGAGGCUCAACGUGUAUAAUGCCGUUCCUGCAAGCCCCAAUUCUGUCAAUAGAUACGACGGUGUCUUCACUGAAAGUGCAGCUUCUUUCAUAAUCGGUGAUGAUUUGAAGGUGAUGCCUAAUGUGAUGGGCUCGUUCAUGGAAACUCUCAGGGGUCUCGACAUUGAUGGGACCGAUAUUGAUGGUGCUGAGACGAUGGAUGUGGCUUUUGGAUUGAAAAAAGAGAUUGUGGAUUUGCUGAGGCUAUCAUUGGUUUCCCGGAAUCCACUGACACUAUUCGUGCUGAGUGGUGGGCAGAUAAGGUUGGCGUCGAAGAAAUCCAACGAACAGGGGAAUGCUUGGCUGCAAUGCAAUGAAAAAGUCGCAUCUACCAACAUCAAGAAGAUGAUUAUGAAGGUCACUAUACAGAAAUCGACUAACAAGUUCCUAUUUGCUCAGGCAGAUAAUGAUUUCAUCAAUUUCCUUUUUGGCAUGCUCACGGUUCCUUUGGGAAGCGUGGUGUGGUAUUUGGGGAGUGACAGUGGCCUACAGGCUAUUGACAAUUUGCACCGGAGUGUAGCAGAUGAGUCUAAGAAGGUCCAAUUGAAGAGCGCAAAGACAAGAAUAUAUCUAACCACAUCAAACCUCAGCCAAUCCAAAGAGUUUUCCCGUCUUAAUUUUGACCCUGAUGUGAGAAACCAUCAUGUCAAGGGAGAGAGGAUGCACAUGGUGACCAAUAAUAUGACAGUUUCACCGUUGACUAUGACAUCAUGCAUCUCUGUGCUCAACGAGCUGAAGAUAUCUGUGUCUGAUGUUGAAGAAGUGGACGUGCAAGUUGGGCUCGAAGAGGGUUUAAGCAUAGUGCAAGAGGCUCUUACGUCGACGACAGCCUUGGAAGAUGGCCUCAUCCAACCCAUCUUGAAGGCGUCUCUCGCUGCUUCAAAGCCCGUGAAACGACCAAAGCUUGAAUGCUGAAUAUUGAUUCAUCUCUCUUUGACUCUCUAAUAUUAGGACAAGAUUGUGGCCAAAGCUUGAAUGCUGAAUAUGGAUUCAUCUCUUUUUGACUCUCUAAUAUUAGGACAAGAUUGUGGC